CGUGCCCAGAAAGUCAAAACUGGCGUUGUGACUUCGAGGUGCUUAGUUGUUUGGACUCUGAUCAUGACAUCAAAAAGCACACCUCUUCCUCUUCAUGACACCCUACGAGACCUUGCUCUUCUGCGCGCUUCUUCCGUAGACCUCUCCGGUCUGAUUUCUGAGGAUGCGGCGCCCUCACAGGCCCCGAGAGAGGUUGAAGGGGUCGAAGAGUCCACGAUACAAUCAUACGCAUUCGUAAGGGAAGCGCGGACGGCGUUGAGAAUGCACAAUUCAGGAGAAGCGCAAAAGCAAGCGACAAGGAUUGAGACGGUGCAAGAAGAGUUAGUAGAUGUGUUGAGGAGUUUGUCUGAUUGAGCAGCUAGUUGUGAAAGAUACGAAUAUGUCGUUGCUCAUUCGGCGAUCUUGUU